UGCAGCCACUGCUUCAAUGAGAUACUCAUUGGUAUAAUUUUCCAACAGCAGCGCCGCUCCCGACAGCGUCCAAAAUGACGGACUCGACCCGUUGGAAGGCCACCCUCUAUGUGGGCGGCCUCUCCAAUCUUGUCACCGCUGCCACGAUCCACGAUGCGUUCAUCCCUUUUGGCGAGAUCGCCGACGUGAAGCUACCCAAGAACGACAACCCCAAGUCUGCCGAAACCCACAGGGGCUUCGCCUAUGUCGAGUUCGAGGACGCCGACGACGCCAAGGAGGCCAUGGACAACAUGGACCAGGCCGAGCUCUUUGGCCGCAUCAUAAAAGUCCACGCCGCCAAACCGCCCAAGAGCACUCAGGAGGGGGGGCUUGGGAGCAGGACAGCCGUGUGGGAACAGGAGGGAUGGAUCGCGCAAAAUGCCGUCGGUGACGAAGACCGGCUUCAAGAUCCAUCGAAUGGGGUUGAACCUGAAGCACUUGUCGAUGACCCAAUGCAAGGUCUCGAGGGUCUUGAUGUUGCAGGUCCACGCGCCGAGUAACGGACUCGGGGCAUUCUACUUUUCUUGUACUGCAUAGCAAAGGCGUUGGAUUGGCGUUUUUAGUGUGCCGGGAACGGAUUCACAUUGAACAGGCACUUGAACUCGGGGCAUGCCUCUGAUAUGCCACCUAUAUGUAUUGCCAACCAAGACGGGUGAUAUGAAAACGGCAACAAAUCUUCACGAACAGGCGCAAAUACCCGGCGCGCGGGGCAAAGCAACACGUUGAAGCCUGUCCUCACUCCCAAGUCUCCCGGGCGGUGCCUACAUCCUGUGCUGCAC